AAAGUAGGCAGAUAUCUGCAGAUACGUGAAGUCAAGCACCACUCACCUGCGCUUAUCAGGCUUACACCAACUGUAAUUUUGCAGCUGUUUGCCAUCAUUGGGAGAUUAUUAUUUCAAGAUGAGGCAAUUAGUGUGGUGUGUGGUGAUAUUUCAAAUAUUUGUGAGUGUGAGUUUAGGUGCCAAUAUACUAGCAAUUAUCCCAACAGCGUCGUUUGCCCACCAAAUGCCGUUUCGGCCCUUGUGGAGGGAAUUGGCAAAAAGAGGUCACAACAUCACUUUGGUCACCACAGAUCCCAUGGAUGAUCUGAGCCUGAAGGGGGUGAAAGAAAUCGAUAUUGGAUACGGAUACCAGAUAAUGGAGAAGCACCAGGUUUUCGAUACAAUCAGCAACGACUCAAAGAGUUUUAUUGAAAUGGGUCGAGCGUUCGUUCGCGCUUUCAACGAAACGAACAACAAGUUCUUCCAGAGUCCGGAAGGACAGAAUUUGAUUCACAACAAGGACAAUCACUAUGAUUUGUUGAUGGUUGAAGCGCAACUUCCAGCCAUGAUGGUUUUUAGUUGGUGGUACCAAAUUCCUUUCAUCGGAUUGAGCUCCAUGGAUUGUGCGCUUCAAUACCACGACACUGCGGGCAAUUUGGUGCAUCACUUAGUGACUCCAGACCCGAACAUGCAAGUCCAGGACACAUUUUGGGACCGUUUGAAGAGCUUCCUGUACAUUUGGAUUUAUCGAGCUCUGCUCAAUUUCACCACCUUUCCCAAAGAACAGCGGAUCCUUCAGCAGUAUUUUGGGGCAAAUGUGCCAACAAUCCCGGAGAUUCAGAAUAACAUGAGCAUGCUUUUCGUCGCCACUAAUCCGAUUUUUCAACCCAUUAGAGCUCUGAUGCCCAACACCAUCACUGUGGGAAAUGGGAUGCAUAUUGGGGAAAGCAAACCUUUAGCGCCGGAAAUCCAACGUUUUCUGGAUGAGGCUGAAGAAGGCGCAAUCUAUUUCAGCUUGGGAACCAACGUGAAAAGCGGAUAUCUCAAUGCCUCAGCCAAAAGCGAACUCUUGAAGGCCUUCACCGGGUUGCCCCAUCGAGUUCUAUGGAAAACUGAUGAGCAGUUUGAUGAUUUGCCUGCGAACAUCAAAGCCCAGAAGUGGUUUAGUUCUCAGCCGGAUAUUUUGCUUCAUCCCAAUAUAAAGCUGUUUAUUACGCAAGGCGGUUUGCAAUCUAUGCAGGAGUCCUUGAAUGCCAACAAGCCAAUGAUAGGAAUUUCCUUCUUUGGCGAUCAACACUCUAAUGUGGAUCGCAUGGUUCAGCUUGGGUUCGGCCUCAAAGUACAUAGACAUAACAUUACAGAGGAAACUGUGCGGGAGGCUGUUGGGGAAGUAAUCAGCAAUUUCAAAUAUUUAGACAAAGCUAAAGAAUUUGGUGAUAUUUUCCGAGAUGCGAUUGCGCCAAAUGUGGAAACAGCUGCAUGGUGGACAGAAUACGUUUUGCGCCAUAAAGGAGCUAAACAUUUUAGAAACCCUUUACUGGACAUGCCGUUGUGGAAGGCGUACAUGCUGGACGUUUUCGGUCUGAUUUGCCUAUUUAUUUUCAUUUUUAUCCGGCUUUUAAGCCUCAUUUUGCACUCAAUUUCCCGCAAGAUUUGUUGAAUAAAUACUGAAUGUGCAAGGAUUGCAAGACAAUUGGGGAUGUUUCUUUGGCAUUUUUGGCAGCAACGACUUGAAUUUUUAUUGCGUAGAAAUAGAUUGAUAAUUGCCACUCAUUUGAAUUGCAGAUCCACACGCAUUACAAGGUA